AUGUCAGAGGCAGUCAUAGCCAAAGGAUUUCGUGUCGGGCAUUUCCAAAUGGCGUUGGCAACUAAUGUUCAAUCAACUAGUGAGGCUAUGAGUGAGGCUUUGUAUACAGAGCUAUGGAAUGCUUGUGCUGGACCUCUUGUAACUCUACCCCGCAAAGGGGAACGAGUUUAUUACUUCCCAGAAGGUCACAUGGAGCAGCUCGAGGCAUCAAUGAAUCAGCCCUUGGAGCAACAAAUGCCUUCUUUCGACCUUUCAUCUAAGAUUCUCUGUCAAGUACCUCUCGAAUCCAUACACUUAGUUAAACCUAGACUAAAGGUUGGAGAUUUGCUUGUAAAUGGGGGUAGAGAAUGGAACCAAGCGUUACUAGAGGUCUUAUUUCCAGAUUCAGAAAGGAGAUUGAUAACGGAGAACAUACCAAGAGGAAGGGACAGUAGGGAUGAGUUUGUGUGGUAA